CUGAUGCAAUAAAAAGCAACGUAAAUGGAAAAGUUAAAUUAAUAAAAAACCAAAGAGAAGUUACCAACUCAUCAAUUAGCCUCUUCCAAUGUCCUGUGAUCUCAACGCACAAACUCUUUACAAUGAAAAGUUUGCAAAAUUGGUGGACUUAGAUGAAGCAGAGCUGUCAACUAAGUGUAUGGACAUAACCAAAGCUCACGAUGAGAUUCAUAAUCCGUCCGUCGAAUUCACCUCAGAGGAUAUUUGGAUUUUUGGAUAUGGUUCGUUGAUGUGGAAAAUUGAUUUUCCCUGCAUCGAUUGGCAGAGGGGUUAUAUAUGUGGUUACCUAAGACGUUUCUAUCAGCAUAGCAUAGAUCAUCGCGGUGUUAGGGCGAAGCCAGGACGUGUUGUAACACUCACACCAGCCUCUGCACUGGACCGUGUGUAUGGCGUAGCCUAUCGAGUGGCAGCAAAGGAUCGAGAUUCUGUGAUACGUCAUUUGGAUUUCCGUGAAAAGAAUGGCUAUGAGCGUUGUACGGUAACAUUCCAUGUUUGUCAAGAGGAAGGCAAAAGUUCCAACACCAGUUUUGAUAUUGUGAUAUACAUUGCCACUCGGGAAAAUGAAUCCUGGGCUGGCGAUGGUGCCGACAGUCGAAUAGAGAAUAUAGCAGAGCAAAUUUUCACUUCGGCUGGCCCUAGCGGAAGAAAUCGCGAAUAUUUAUUCAAUUUAGUAAAAUCAAUGAAUCAUCUAUUCCCUGGAGUGAAGGAUGAACAUCUGGUGUCAUUAGAGGCUGCCGUUAGGCAACGCAUAGAGAAGGAUGAGGUACUAUUACUGGAAGUAGCUGUUAAAAAAGAGCUUGAAAGAAUCCUCACAUGUGAUGAGAAGGAAUGUAAAAUGAACGAGGAGGCAAGGAGAGGCUUGGUGCAGACCAAAAUCGAUCAUUUGCUGAAAUUUUGUGGGAAAACUGGAUGGAGAGAGUAUUUUCUAGCCAAAGAACUUUAUGGUAUUCAUAUAUUGAGCUUGUGGUGUGACGAAGAUCGGCGUACAUCUUAAGUUUUUUUUGCGAAUGUAGCUGAAUUGUAAUAAAAAAGAUGAGCUAUACAGAGGA